AUACUGCAAAAACAAAAUUCCUUUCCCUCGACCAUAAAAUUUGUCGAAUUAAAAAUUAAUUCACAAAUUAAAGAACCUCAAUUUUUAUAUUUUCCGAAUCCAAAUUGUCCCUCCUCUGAUUUAUUUUCUCUCUCUUUUGUUUUUCUUUUCCCUCUCUAAAUUAACAGAGCCCUAAAAUCUCGAUCUCUCUCUACAAAUCGACGAGCUUGUAAUUAUUACGCGGCUAAUAUCCACAAAACGACAUUUCGUUUCAUCAAUUAUUGCCGUCCUCAAAAUUACCGCCGGUAUUCUUAGCUUUUUUCCCUUAAUUAUUUUUCGAUCUUGAUACAAGCCAAACCGACGGCGACCGGAAUACUUGCCCUGACAUAUGUGUAGAGGUGAGAUUAUAACUAAUUUAAUUGGAUGUGAGUCGCUUGCAGUUUUUCUAUUAAGGUUUUUGUUAGGAGGUUAUAUAAAUGCAAGUAACAGGGGAUCUAGGGUUUUCGAGCCUGGUCCUUGUGGUGGUGUCACUUGUUUUUCCGGUGUUCGGUUUUAUAAUUCGCUGGAAAUGGCGGCGUUCCAUUGCGAGGAAUGAGGAGAUCAAGCGGUUGUUGAUUUUAGCUUCUGAAGAGACGGCUAGGGCUGAGCUGGAAGCUACUCAGUUGGUAUCGUCGUACGUCGCCGUUUCUGCUUCAAGGAAUAAUUAUAAUCAUCAGUGUGUUGUUUGUUAUUCUCCUACUACUACACGGUGUGCUCGGUGUAAAGCUGUUAGAUAUUGUUCUGGUAAGUGUCAAAUUAUCCACUGGCGACAAGGUCAUAAAGAAGAAUGCCGAUCUGCUAGUGCUACUCACGACGGAAAUGAUAAUGGAGGCGAUUUUUCUCAGAAGGUGGCCAAACAAGAGGAGCACAAUAAUGACCAUGAUAGAUAUGGAACUUCACCUACUGAAAUCUUCUCUAAUGGCCCUGUAUUAUUUAAUAGCAGCAGUACUUGUAGAGUUUCACUUGCAGAAGAUGAUGGUAUCAAAGUUGAUUCUGUUGCAGAUGCAUCUUCCGUAUCUGACUCAACAAGCACUUCAUUUUCUGGCUUCUCUACUUCUCACAGUGGUGGUGAAUCAUCUGACGAUCUCUCUGUUACCGAGAGUAUAAGCUCAAAUGAAUUUGAGGGAUCAGAUGGACAAAUUUAUUCUGAUGCCUCCGAUAUGCUUGAGCCUGCAUUGAACAAGGUGGACCAAAGCAAGCCGGUGUCACCAAAGUUUGCUAGCUUGGUUGAUAAUGUAGAUAGUUCUAUACAUUUGAGUAAGUCAAAGCCGGACAAAACUCAUUGCGGCGAUGAGGAGAGUCUAAGGGUAUCUUCUAGCACUUUGGUUCAGAGGAGCAGUGCAAUUCCUGGGGCUUCAAUUAUUACUCCUGGUCAAGGAGCUUCUGGCUUUUGGAACAGGAGUCUUGACUCUGUUGUGUCCAGCAAUAUCCAGUGUGAUCCAGAUCUAUCCAAUUCCAAUGGACCUUGUAAAAACAAGUUAUCUGGUUCUGAGUCAUUCCUACAUUUUAAAUUUGAUCUAUCGGGAAGUAAUGCUCCUUCAUUAGAUACAAAAAGCUCAGGGAUGAAAGGCAUUAUACCAGACGAUGCACUUCCAGCUUCUUCAGGCGUUGAUAACUCUGUCAAUGCAGCAGCUUUGUCAAAAAAUCCUAGUAAUGAUUCUCCGAGCAUUAGGAGUUCCACAUCCGCCAGUUGUCAAAAGUAUGCACAUGUGGAUAAUGAAUCCAGCCGUGAUCAAGCCACUGAGCUUAAAUCCAUCUCAUCAUCAACUUCAUAUGCUCGUAGAUCUGCGAGUGAUAAAAGUGAAUUAUAUAUAGUUGAUUUAAGUACCCUGGAUUUGGGCGAUCUUAGGUCUCAAUCCUCAAGCUCCAACAAAUCAAUUACUAGUGCCAACAACACUGUUAGCUCAUCAUACCUAUCUAAGUCCGGAGUAUCAUCAAAUACUUCACAAAUUUAUCUGGCUUCUAAUGCAAAUGGACUUUCAGCUGCAAGCACGAAAUCUGGAAAAGUUGAUAAUGCCGAAGCUAAUUCCAUGAUUUCCUCCCAAACAAUCAGUUCUCCAAGUUCUAUUAAUGGAUUAAAAACAUCAGUGCGGAAAGUUGUUGAUCAAUUUAGAGGACCUAAAUGUGGAAAAUACAGCGAUAAGGGGAUUUUUAUGUAUGAUCUAUUUGUAAAGCUAUAUACUUCAAACAAGGUAGAAAUGAGACCCUGCGGCCUUAUCAACUGUGGAAACAGCUGUUAUGCAAAUGUUGCCCUUCAAUGUUUGGCAUUUACACCUCCUUUGACUUCGUAUUUUGUCCAAGGAUUCCAUUCCAAAGAGUGUGUGAGUAAGGAAUGGUGCUUCACUUGUGAGUUUGAAAGUUUAAUGUUGAAAGCAAAGGAAGGAAAAACUCCACUUUCUCCUAUUGGAAUAUUAUCCCAGCUACAAAGCAUUGGAAGUCAAUUGGGUACUGGGAGAGAAGAAGAUGCACAUGAAUUCUUAAGGUAUGCUAUUGAUAAAAUGCAAUCAGUUUGCCUUAAAGAAACUGGGGUCAAUGGAUCGGGUUCCUCUGAAGAGGAAACCACUCUCAUAGGUCUUACUUUUGGAGGCUACCUUCGCUCAAAGAUUAAGUGCAUGAAGUGCCAUUGGAAGUCAGAGCGGCAUGAAAGAAUGAUGGAUCUCACUGUGGAGAUAGAAGGGGAUAUAGGAAAGCUUGAGGACGCGCUUAAAAGGUUCACAAGUACUGAGAUUCUUGAUGGAGACAACAAAUACCAAUGUGGCAGAUGCAACUCUUAUGAGAAGGCCAAGAAAAAGUUGACAAUUCUGGAGGCUCCAAAUGUUCUUACAAUUGCAUUGAAGCGCUUUCAGUCAGGAAAAUUUGGGAAGCUCAACAAGGCUAUCCUAUUCCCAGAGAUCCUGAAUCUAGCACCCUAUAUGAGUGGCACAAGUGAUAAAUCGCCUAUUUAUAGACUUUAUGGAGUGGUUGUUCAUUUGGAUAUCAUGAAUGCUUCAUUUUCUGGGCACUAUGUGUGCUAUGUAAAAAAUGUCCAGAACAAGUGGUUCAAGAUUGAUGACAGCACGGUAACGGCUGUGGAUCUCGAAAGGGUCUUGACAAAAGGGGCCUACAUGCUUCUUUAUGCAAGGUGCUCACCAAGGGCUCCCAGAUUGUUAAGGAACAGAAUAGCAUCUUCCGAUCCAAAAAUGAAACUCAAUCCUUCAAGAAGCAGUACAAAGAAUACUGCAUCCAAUUUAAAAUCCUCAUUCGCUCACCCAAGUGCUGUCCAAUUCACUCCCAAUUCGAUCCCUCCAGAUAAUACGGAUAGUGUCGAAUCUUUCUUUCUGAAGUUCCACCGGCUUCAGAGGAUUUUAGAAGAGGACUCAUCCAGUGACAGUUUUUCAUUUACAAGCAGCAACUCUGACGAAGGCUCUUGCAGUACUGAGAGCACCCGAGAUUCUACUAGUACUGAGGAUCUUUCUGAUUAUAUUUUUGGUACUUGGAACACUUGGAGGAGCGCGUCGGAUUCCGACACUUGUUCAUCUUCCUCCUCUUCUCCUCUGUACACGAGGAAUUCACCAGAUGGUUCCAUGGAUAGGGUACCCGGUUUUUGGCAAUGUGAGACGAGUAAAGAAUGUAGAAAAUUAGAAAGUAGCAGUAGUUGUAGGGAGGCUAACUUGGGAAAAGUAGGCGUUAACACUGUAAAAUCCGGUGCAUCAUAUAGAAGAUCAGUGAGUGAACGGAUAGAUUAAGAAAUGAUUAUUUUUCAUGUCGGGGUAAAUUAAGUCGGAAGCGUAAAUAAGAGUAGGGAAACAGAGGGGGUGUAGUGUAUGUAAUUUAGACUCUAUUGUUGUAGCUGGCUUUUGUUUAAAGAAAUGACGUGGCCAUGUACUCCCCCCAUUUUGGUCCCUUUUUCCCGUUCAAUCUUAGAGUAGGAGUGUAUAGCUGCAUGGAAUCAGAGUCCCCCAGCCAACAAUUGUUUAUAUCAUAAGCAAGUUUAUAUUAUAUGGCAAGUUAAAUCUUUCUUUA